GUUCUCUCUAGCCGAUGUAGAAUCGUGGGAGACCGUCUCUUUUCUUCCUCCUCAAGAUUCGCUUCUUCUUAGGAAAGCUUAGCAGCCGCAACUCUUGUUAUUUGCAAAGGCUGAGCCUUUUCCUGUUAGAUUCACGUACAACAAUGGCAGGAUCAUCAACUGCAGCAGGCAUUAUUGCAGCCAUUGCUUCUGCAGCACUUGGUGUCAACCAUGUCUAUGCCGAUGGCCCUUUUAAUUUAUCUCCUUUCUCUACAGCUUCUGCCCCAUCACCUCCUCCAAACAGUUCAGCGCCAUCCAAUGCAAAAUCUGAAUCACCAGCGGCGGAACAGCCUCCGCGUAUCCGCAAAGAACAACCAAGAACUACAUCGUCCGGCUUCGACCCAGAGGCCUUGGAGAGAGGUGCAAAGGCUCUGCGGGAGAUUGCCAGCUCUUCUCAGGCUAAAAAGGCUUUUGAAGUAAUCAAAAAACAAGAAGAGACGAGACAGUUGGAAAUGACAUCAAAAGAAGCAGAAUUUAAAGCAAUUCAGGCUCAAGCAGAGACGGAUCGUCAAAGGGUAAUUUAUGAAGAGCAAAAGAAACUUACUCAGCAACAGGCUCAAAUAAAAUCCCAGAUGGCACGAUACGAGGAUGAACUGGCAAGAAAAAGAAUGCAGGCAGAAAAUGAGCAUCACAGAGCUAGAAAUCAAGAGCUUGUGAAGUUGCAAGAAGAAUCAGCAAUGAAGCUCGAACAAAUUAGAAGAGCAACAGAAGAACAAAUACAAGCCCAACGUAGGCAGACAGAGAAAGAAAAGGCUGAGAUUGAACGCGAAACUAUUAGGGUUAGAGCUAUGGCAGAGGCUGAAGGGAGAGCUCAUGAGGCAAAGCUUGCUGAGGAAAUCAACAAACGAAUGUUAGUUGAGCGAGCAAAUGCUGAGACUGAAAAAUGGGUAGCUGCCAUAAACACAAUGUUUGAUCACAUUGGAGGGGGGAUGAAGGCUAUAUUGACUGACCAAAAUAAGCUGGUUGUGGCUGUUGGCGGUGUGACAGCUCUCGCUGCAGGCGUGUACACCACAAGGGAAGGUGCAAGGGUGCUGUGGAGCUAUAUUGAUAGAAUACUAGGACAACCAUCAUUAAUUAGAGAAUCCUCCAGAGGAAAAUAUCCAUGGUCAGGAAUGUUUAACCGUGCCAAGAAAAUUCUUUCACGUGAUGCCAAUGCUUCUGUAUCGACCAAAGGAAAUGAAUUUGGGGAUGUUAUUCUCCACCCUUCUCUUCAAAAACGAGUUCAUCAGCUUGCUCGUGCAACAGCAAAUACAAAGUCACACCAGGCCCCAUUCCGAAACAUUCUCUUCUAUGGCCCUCCUGGAACUGGGAAAACAAUGGCUGCUAGAGAACUUGCAUCUAGAUCGGGACUAGACUAUGCACUUAUGACUGGAGGAGAUGUAGCUCCACUUGGUCCUCAGGCAGUAACCAAGAUCCAUGAGUUGUUUGACUGGGCCAAGAAGUCCAAUAGGGGUUUACUUCUCUUCAUUGACGAAGCAGAUGCAUUUUUGUGCGAGCGUAAUAAAACCUAUAUGAGUGAGGCCCAAAGGAGUGCACUUAAUGCCCUUCUUUUCCGUACUGGAGACCAGUCAAAAGACAUAGUCUUGGCUCUUGCCACCAACCGGCCUGGGGAUCUUGACUCAGCUGUGGCUGACCGAAUUGAUGAAGUCCUAGAAUUUCCUUUGCCUGGUGAAGAUGAACGGUUCAAGUUGCUGAAACUUUAUUUGGAUAAAUACAUAGCGAAGGUUGGGGAAAGGAAACCGGGCUUAUUCUCUAAUCUGUUCAAGAAGCAACAAGAGAAGAUAGAGAUAAAGGAUUUGAACGACGAUAUUCUCAAGGAAGCAGCCGCAAAGACAGAGGGAUUUUCAGGGAGGGAAAUUGCAAAGCUGAUGGCAAGUGUUCAAUCUGCUGUAUAUGGGAGUGCAGAUUGUGUUCUUAAUCCGAGUUUAUUCAGAGAAGUGGUUGACUAUAAAGUAGCCGAGCAUCAGCAAAGAAAAAAGAUGGCUGCUUCUGAUGGUGGUAGUAUUUGAGAUGGCCAAUUUAUUUUCUUGCCAAUGGCAAAUGAGUAAUUUUGACAUGUUCCAUUGUAGAUUAUAUUUAUAAUUUUGUUCAUUUCACACUUUUUAAAUUUUCAUUGCUCUAGAUUAACAGGAAAAAGAAUUCUGAAUAACCCAAAUUUUUAGAGGGAAAUAUUGUUGUUCUUUGGCUGUUAUUAUCAGUUCAUAUCCAUGGAGAGAACAUGGGGAAUUUUCCUAAUGAGAAUGGUGAUUUUUG